AACUGCACAGCAGGCUGCAGCUCUGCAGGUUUUUAUUAUAUGUUUGAAUCAGUGUUUGUUUGUAGAGGAAGGUGUGGGUGAGGAUUUCAAAAAUAUGCACAUUUAUAUGCAUAUGUUUAUGCAGAUGAAGGCAAUUAUGCAAGGAUACAUUUAAGGAAAAGGGAAGCCGAUGCGAUUUAACUGGAAAAGACAUAAAUGAACACGGGGGGAAACAACAGCACAGAAGUUGUUUAAAGCAUCAAAGGCAGAAAAUAUCCACCCCGCCUCCUCCUCCUCCUCCUCCUCCUCCUCCUCCCCCUCUUUGCUCUGCCAGCCUCUUUUUCCUCUGGAGGAAAAAGGGCCAGUCGGCUUUCUGCUGCGGUGGAGGAAAGGUGGUCGACACCGAAGCAGCAUUAUCGUUCUGGCAUCCUUGCGAGGUUUUCCCCUGGAGAAUAUUUGUGACACAGCCAGAGAGUUAAAAAAAAACAACCUGCAGUGAUGUCGCCUUUCCUGCGGAUUGGGUUCUCCAACUUUGAGAUGGACCCUGGUUUGGCGUACCACGAGGAGGUGCUGAACCCGUACUGUGCUGUUUACAUGAAGGAGGCCGUAGACACAGAAAAGGGUCCAGUGUACAAACAGAAGAAGCCCACCAUGUACCCCCCGUGGAGCACCACGUUCGACGCCCACGUCCACAAAGGGCGCAUCAUGCACGUGAUGGUGAAGGACCGCACGGCAGAGCUGAAGUCCGAGGCCAUGGUGGCUCUCGACUCGCUCGCAACACGAUGCAAGAAGGAGAGCGGCAAGCUGGAGAUCUGGCUGGAGAUGAAGCCACAGGGCCGCCUGAGGAUGGAGGCCCGAUAUUAUCUGGAGAAGAGCGACGCUGCAGGCCAGACUGAGGAAGACCCCGAGUCUGAACGGGAGAGGGAGGGUCUGUUCGCCCUCCACCAUCGGCGAGGAGCCAUCAAACAGGCCAAAGUUCACAUCGUCAAAUGCCACGAGUUCAGCGCCACGUUCUUCCCUCAACCAACCUUCUGCUCUGUGUGCAAAGAGUUUGUCUGGGGUCUCAACAAGCAGGGCUACCAGUGCAGACAGUGCAAUGCAGCUAUUCACAAAAAAUGCAUAGACAAAGUCAUCGCCAAAUGCACAGGAUCAGCCAUUAACAGUAAAGAAACAAUGACCCACAAGGAGCGCUUCAAGAUCGACAUGCCGCACAGGUUUAAAGUCUACAACUACAAAAGUCCCACCUUCUGCGAACACUGUGGUACUCUGCUGUGGGGGCUCGCCAAGCAGGGGCUCAAAUGUGAGGAAUGUGGCAUGAACGUGCAUCACAAAUGUCAGAAGAAAGUAGCAAACCUCUGCGGGGUGAACCAGAAACUGAUGGCUGAAGCUCUGGCCAUCAUCGAGAGCAAACAGCAGGCCAGGACCACCAAAGACACUGAAGUCAUCAGUCGAGAAGGUCCGGUGAGCGUCAGCCAGCCGGGAGUGGUCCGAGCUCCGUCUGGGUUAGUGACUGGUGUACCAGCCACAGCUACACCUGCAAAUAAAGACACUCAGGGUGUUUCAUGGGACGGACCAGUAGACGGCAGCAAGUUGAUCACAGAAGAGGUGCCGGAUGAAGAGCCUCUGUACGCGGUUCCCAGGAAGGACCACCAGCCCAAAUUCAACGUUGAUGACUUCGUCCUGCACAAGAUGCUCGGCAAAGGCAGCUUUGGGAAGGUACUUUUAGCAGAGCUGAAAAGAAGCGGGCAGUUUUACGCAGUGAAGGCUCUAAAAAAGGACGUGGUGCUGAUGGAUGAUGACGUGGAGUGCACCAUGGUGGAGAGGAGGGUCCUCUCUUUAGCCUGGGAAAACCCUUUCCUUACACACCUUUACUGCACCUUUCAGACCAAGGAGAACCUGUUCUUCGUGAUGGAGUAUCUGAACGGAGGAGAUCUCAUGUUUCACAUCCAGACCUGCCACAAGUUUGACCUGCACCGAGCAACCUUCUACUCAGCAGAGAUCAUAUGUGGGCUUCAGUUCCUGCACUCUAAAGGAAUCAUUUACAGGGAUCUGAAACUGGAUAAUGUUCUGUUGGACUCUGAGGGUCAUAUAAAGAUAGCAGACUUUGGCAUGUGUAAGGAGAACAUGCAGGACGAGUCCAGGACAUGCACCUUCUGUGGGACGCCUGACUACAUCGCUCCUGAGAUCCUGCUGGGUCAGAAGUACAACAGUUCAGUGGACUGGUGGUCAUUUGGAGUGCUACUUUACGAGAUGUUGAUCGGUCAGUCUCCAUUUCACGGCCGUGAUGAAGAGGAGCUGUUUCAGUCUAUACGCACGGACAACCCUGUGUAUCCACGCUGGCUCACAAAAGACGCCAAGGACAUUCUGGUCAAGUUGUUUGUAAGAGAGCCUGAAGAGCGUCUGGGAGUGAAAGAAAACAUUAGACAACACAAUUUCUUUAGCAGCACUGACUGGAAUGCUUUGGAACAACGGCAGGUGGCGCCACCAUUCAAGCCAACUUUAUCGUCGCCCAGUGACUGCAGCAACUUCGACAAAGAGUUUAUCAACGAGAAGCCUCGGCUGUCGUGUGCAGACCGGACGCUUAUUAACAGCGUGGACCAGACGAUGUUCAGAAACUUCUCCUUUGUAAACCCGGGGAUGAAUCGGAUCGCGGCACACUGAACAACAGACCGACAACCUACUACCUACAAACAAGUCACAACCAGCACUUCACAACUGUACCUGAAACAAACUACAGAGACUUCAGACCAUGAAUGUGACACAUUUCAACUGUAUUGAAUAAAUACUAAUAAGAGGGUGUUCUUGAUGUAAGGCACAUACAGGGUCUUUGUUGUAAAUCGUCCUGUCUCUCCAACUAAUUGAGAUUUAAGAACAUUUUGGAUCAAACAAAUACAGUUAGACGUAAUAUAAAACAAAGCUCCCCUAUAAAUUGUCUUUUCAAUCUCUUAUCAGUAUUAGUCAUGAAAGCAAGACAAACUAAUUAUUUUCUAAUAAAUGCAUAUCAUUCAUUUAGAUUAAUUCAUUCUAGAAUUAAAGUUAGGGUGUCAUUAUCAAUAGAAAAUAUGUUGUAAAUAACUUAGUGCCUCAUAAUAGUUCUCACAAAAUAAAAACUCAAACUAUAGUCUUGUUAUAAUAAUUCUCAUUCUGUCUUAUUCCAUAGCUCCACAUUGGUUGUAAAAAUCUUUUAACAGUCCUUUAUUGUGUAAAUACAAAUGUGUUGAUAUUCUGUAUUGGAUGUACUGUAGAUCAGCUAAUGUAUAACAACGUUUUUGUUUACAUGUGUUCUCUUAUUGUACCUCAGGAGUCUUAUUGAUGCUGUAAAUUGAAUCGGGUACCUAGAUCCCUGCGUACUGUAGAUUUUAUUGUUCUCUUUAUUGUGAAUCACGUACAAUAAAAUGUGUUCGUUUUUUUUCUACA